AUGUCUGCCAAAUCAAUCCUCGAGGCCGACGGAAAGGCAAUCCUCAACUACCACCUCACCAGAGCUGCCGUCAUCAAGCCAUCUCCUCUCCCAAAAUCUACCACUCACAACCCUCCUUCGAAGCUCGCUUCCCUAUACUUCCCCUUGGAUGCUGAGGUCUCAGCAAUUCUCGACCAAGCAGAAACCUCAUACCCAUGGCUCCUCGUCCCAGGUUCCAAGUUCGUCGCAAAGCCUGAUCAAUUGAUCAAGAGACGAGGCAAGAGUGGUCUUCUCGCUUUGAACAAGACAUGGCCGGAAGCAAAGGCAUGGAUCGCUGAGAGAGCAGGAAAGCCAGUCACAGUUGAGACUACCGUUGGAGUUCUCCGUCAGUUUUUGGUAGAGCCAUUUGUACCACAUCCAGACGGGACCGAAUAUUAUAUCAACAUCAACUCCCAAAGAGAGGGUGAUUGGAUUCUUUUCACACACGAGGGAGGUGUCGAUGUUGGUGAUGUCGAUGCAAAGGCCGAGAAAUUAUUGAUCCCAGUCGAUCUCGCCGAAUAUCCUUCAAACGAAGAAAUUGCUGCAGGUCUUCUUAAGAAGGUUCCACAAGGUGUACACAACGUUCUCGUCGACUUCAUCACUAGACUGUACGCUGUCUACGUCGACUGCCAAUUUACAUACCUUGAGAUCAACCCAUUGGUUGUUAUCCCUAACGCUGAGGGUACUUCUGCCGAGGUUCACUUCCUGGAUUUGGCCGCUAAGAUCGAUCAAACUGCCGAGUUUGAGUGUGGUGUAAAAUGGGCUGUCGCACGCUCACCUGCCGCUCUUGGUAUGACUGCCAUCAAGGCAGCUGAUGGAAAAGUUAACAUCGAUGCUGGUCCACCAAUGGAGUUCCCAGCUCCUUUCGGUCGUGAGUUGACCAAGGAGGAAGCUUACAUUGCUGAACUUGACGCAAAGACUGGUGCUUCCCUUAAGCUUACAGUUUUGAACGCCAAUGGCAGAGUCUGGACUCUCGUUGCUGGUGGUGGUGCUUCCGUCGUUUAUGCCGAUGCUAUUGCCAGUUCUGGAUUUGCUGAUGAGCUUGCCAACUAUGGUGAAUACUCUGGUGCACCAACAGAAACUCAAACUUUCCACUACGCUCGUACUGUUCUCGACCUCAUGCUCCGUGCACCAAUUACCCCAGAAGGCAAAGUUCUCUUCAUCGGUGGUGGUAUUGCCAACUUCACCAACGUCGCUUCUACAUUCAAGGGUGUUAUUCGCGCCAUUAGAGAAUUCAGCAGCUUACUGAUUGAGCACAAAGUUCAAAUCUGGGUCAGACGUGCUGGACCUAACUACCAAGAAGGUUUGAAGAACAUUAAGGCAGUUGGACAGGAAUUGAAGCUUGAUAUGCACGUUUACGGACCAGAUAUGCACGUCAGUGGUAUUGUUCCUUUGGCUCUUGUUCCAGGACGUCUUGCAGAGAGCAAGGUUAAGGAGUUCAACGGUUAA